AUGUUUAAAUUCACUCAGAAAUCGUUAAAUAAACUUACCCUUCCACUUAGAAAUGUUGUGGACGGUCGCUGGACUACAACUCACUACACCGUAAAAUCCCGUGAAAAUGAUUCCCGAUGGAAAGGAAUUGAUAUGGAAAGAACAGCUGAUGAAUUUGAUGUAGUUAUUGUUGGAGGUGGACCUGCUGGUUUGUCUUCUGCUAUCAAAUUUAAACAGUUAGCUCAAGAAAGUGGUAAAGAUAUCCGUGUAUGUGUUAUUGAAAAAGCUUCAGAAAUAGGGCAACACACUUUGUCAGGUGCUAUUAUUGAAACAUCUGGUUUAGCAAAACUUUUCCCAGAUUGGGAGUCAAUGGAUUCACCAGUUAAACAAAAAGUUACUAGUGAAUCUAUUGGUCUUUUAACACCUAAAGGAAGAAUUCCAAUUCCAGCAUUUCCCGGUGUUCCAUUAUACAAUAUUGGUAAUUAUGUUGUUAGACUUGGGCAUGUAGUAAAGUGGCUUGGACAAAAAGCAGAAGAGUAUGGAGUUGAAAUUUAUCCAGGAAUUGCAGCAUCUGAAAUAUUAUAUAAUGAUGAUGGAUCUGUAAAAGGAAUUGCUACUAAUGAUGUUGGAAUUAGUAAAGAUGGUAGUCCAAAAGAUUCUUUUGAACGAGGUAUGGAACUUCAUGCAAAAUGUACACUUUUUGCUGAAGGUUGUCGAGGCCAUUUAACUAAGCAAGUUAUGAAAAAGUUUAAUCUUCAAGAAGGUAAAUCUCAUAUGUCAUUUGGAAUUGGAUUGAAAGAGUUAUGGGAAAUUGCUCCUGAAAAACAUAAACCAGGAUACAUUGAGCAUACUUUGGGUUGGCCACUACAGCAUAAUCAAUACGGCGGGUCAUUCCUUUAUCAUAUUGAUGACAAUGGAUCACCAUUAGUUUCACUUGGUUUCAUUGUAGCACUUGAUUAUCGUAAUCCAUAUAUAAGUCCAUAUCAAGAAUUUCAAAGAUGGAAAACUCAUCCUUCAAUUUCAAAAUAUCUUGAAGGUGGAAAACGAAUUGCUUAUGGAGCACGUGCUUUAAAUGAAGGUGGUUAUCAAAGUGUACCAAAACUUCACUUCCCUGGAGGUGCUUUACUUGGUUGUGGAGCUGGUCUUUUGAAUGUUGCCAAAUUAAAGGGUACACAUACUGCCAUGCUUUCUGGAAUUACUGCAGCUGAGUCUAUCUUUCCAAAACUCGAAACUGAAAGCAACAUAAAUCCUAUUGAAUAUCAAGAAGCUAUGGAUAAUGGACAAGUUAUGAAAGAAUUGAAAAAAUCAAGAAAUGUUAGACCAUCUUUUAAUAAUAAAUUAGGAUAUUAUGCAGGUAUGGCAUAUACAGGAUUAUUUUAUGUAAUUGGUCGUGGAAUCGAACCAUGGACAUUAAAGCAUGGAAAAGCAGAUAAUGAAAAACUUCAACCAAAAGAAAAUUUCUCAAAAAUAGAAUAUGAUAAACCGGAUAAUCGUAUUACAUUUAAUAUUUUAGAUUCUGUCUCGUUAACUGGAACAAACCAUGAUGAAGAUCAACCCUGUCAUUUGACUUUAUUAGAUGAUAAUAUUCCUGAAUCAGUUAAUUUAAAAAUAUAUGAUGGUCCUGAACAAAGAUUUUGUCCAGCUGCUGUAUAUGAGUUUGUAGAAAAAACACCAGGAUCAAGUGAAAAACGUCUUCAAAUAAAUGCACAAAAUUGCAUUCAUUGUAAAACAUGUGACAUCAAAGAUCCAACUCAAAACAUAAAUUGGGUAACUCCUCAGGGUGGUGGAGGACCAAAGUAUGAUGGUUGCUAG